AUUUCACCCUUCCUCUGCCUCGGUCACCUGAGGACUUCCAUCCGUUUUAUCCUUGGCACAUUUUUCGCUCCAUGCUUCCCUUCACUCCAACCUCAUCUCCACUCUUCAAAUUGUACGGUCAUCUCUCUGAUCCUGUUCGGAUUUUCAGCAUUUCCGGAGAGUUCGCUGGUCAUCUGAUUCCAUUAAGCAAGCAUGCACUCAGUGCUCGGAAGAUUAUGAAGACAAGCCUAAGGAGGUUUCCGAGGGGGCAGCAAAAUUAUAAGAUUGAAUUUAAUGAUUCUGAUAUUCGUGGAGGUGUGGUGACUUCUGCAGCAAUCUCCAAAGAUGGUUGUCAUAUUGCACUCGGCUUCGGAUAUGGUAGCAUCGAAGUUGUUGACAUUGAUCAGCAGCAUUCCAUCACUCGAUUCCAAUGUGACUCGUACAGUCCCCCAGUGUGGAUCGAGUUUAUCUCUGCCCCUGAAGCUUGGUACGCUCCCCAGCGGGCAUUAUCCCUCUGUCAUUGCAGCAGCGGAUAAUGGGACAUUCAUCAUUCGACUCCCACGGCAUCUUGGUCCCUACUGGUACGAAACACAAUACGUUCUCGCUUGUGAUCAGAACCAGGCUUUCAUUUGGUCGACAGAGUCACGCGAGUUCAUUAUUCGUCAUCACCUAUCGGAAUUUAAAGCUUUUGUUACUGGAACAACACCCUACCGCCCAUACAUCACCAGUGGGGUCAUUGAGGACACGGAGGAUGGUAUCUCUCAUACGCGGGGCUCUAGGGUGAAGAUCAAUUCAGAUAAAUCGUGGCUGGAGUCACUGUCUCAGAGAAGCCUACUAUUCUCACGACGGCCAGGACUUUUCCCUCCCGGUCAAGGGGUGGUUGGGACCACUAAACUGAAAUUAUUACUUGAUAAUACAUUGAAACUCAUUCUCCCAAUCGAAUAUCAUCCAAUCCUUCCCAGUAUGGGGCCCCAUGAUGGGCCAGAGGAAUGGUAUGGAGAUCGAGUGAUAGGGAGUAUCGAUUUCGUCUACUUUCCUCAUGCUAGCAAGGAUGGGACGCGAUUUUUGGUUCAGGGUCGUAUGAGAGCCCCCAUCGUUGUUGAUAUUAGCCAAAUCGUGUAACACGUCUGUACCCGUCCAGGAUUUUUUUACUGCUAGUCAGUUGUGUGGCGGUUCGCGUUGUUGUCUCCAGAAUCGCCGGCAUUCAAGUAUUCAUGCAUAUAUUUACAUCAGGAUAUAUAGAUAAGUCGCUAGUGGGAACGAUGGACUGGUGCAUUCCAUCAUCGUCGGAAGGAAUGGGCUAAAUUUGACAAGUUACUCUCGCUUCAUCAUCCAGGGUGGAGAAGUACUCUUGUGGCCGCAUUGCAGCGAAUCCUUGAGAGCCAGCAGCGCCAGCGCUACUGCAAGCACUGAGGACAACAACCACCGAGAGUAACCGGGGCCCUGAGAUCGCUCUUUACGCCGCCCCGAUGUUACUCUCUAACACAUAUUUCACCAGUACCCAAUAUAUGGGAUAAAUGCGGGU